AUGACGAAAGCUUUGGUCAAUUUGUACUUUAUGAUUACAUUCCUUGGCGUUUCUGUGUUUAGUUCUUCAUUUUUGGGUAUUUUGGACGAUCAUAAUAACGGUCGUAAAGAGAUCUCUCUCGCGCGAGUCGUCGGCGCGCUCGCGGGAAUGUUUAUAACCAACACGAGCUCGAAGCGAGUCGGCCAAACGCGAGCAAGGAAAGUCGCGAUGAAAGGUUUGUGCCCAGGAUGCGACGAGGAAGUGUAUACUUUUUUUGAUAACGAAGAGAAAGGGGAGGGAAGAGGCUCGAUCGUAGAGCACGAGUGUCACUGUUGCGGAGCGCAGUUGGUUUUCGAGAGCAAACGGGAGAGCAAUCGAGAGGGACGAAUCGUACUGAUUGCGAACGGUCGAUUAAACGCGAACGAGUAG